AAGCGUUUGCCAUCUCCUGCGUUCUCCUUCAACCGUCUUCCGCAAUUCAUACCAUGGCACCCCGCGGCCGCGGAAAGUUCUCCAAGCCCUCGCGAGGAGGUAUGUGAGCGGCACGGCCGCUGGUCCACAAGCACGAAGAAACUCAACUAACGACAUCCACACGCACAGGCGGGAAAAGGUUCAGUCGGGACACCCAGCCUGUGGACAAAGAUGGCAACCCUGUUGGUCUGUGGAGGGUAAGCAUGCCCGGUUUCUCACCUGACUGUUCGAAUCAACCUGAAUCCCACCUUAACCCAACCGCCACCGCAACCAGGAACCCGACGAUGCCAUGCCCUCCUCAUCACAAGAAGACGCAUCUUCAGAAUCGGAAUCCGACGAAUCCUCCGAUGAGGAGAGACCUGGCCCCUCCGCCGUCUCACCCCCGACGGUCGCCACCGAAAUGACGCGCGAGGAACGUCGCGCUGCCGCCAAAGCCAAGAAGCAAGCUGCGCAAGCAAGACGGCUACAAACCGCCGCACAGCCGGGCGAUUUGCCCCCCUCCGACUCGGAGGGAUCCGACAAGGAGGACGAGAACGACGACAAUGAGGAGGAUGAAGACCUCCCUGCCAACCCGAACCAUACGACGAAAUCUCGCUCCCAGCUGAGCGGUACCACCGACGACGCGGCACAGCCCGAGGGCGGGGAUCUCUCGCAGCUCUCACGCCGAGAGCGCGAGGCGAUCGAGGCGCAGCAGGCUCGGGAGCGGUACAUGAAACUCCACGCGGAGGGGAAGACGGACGAGGCGCGGGCGGAUCUGGCGCGGUUGGCACUCGUCAGGGAACGGCGCGAGGCAGACCGGCUUCGUAAAGAGGCCGAGAAGGAGGAGAAGGCUGAAUUGGCGAAACAAAGGGCCGCCGAGUUGCAGGUCAAGUUGCAGGCCGCCAAGGGGAAGAAAAAAGGAGGUGCGAAGAAGAAAUAAACUACAGAAUAAUGCCUCUUCCCUUUAUCCUUUGAUCCGUAUAUCAUAUACCAUAUCAUAUACCAUGUCAUCAUAUCAUCAUAUCUAACAGUUCUUAUAUCGUGUUUCGGGUAGCGAUUGAAGGGAUGAGGAAUUGUGCUUUUUUGUUGUCUGCUUUUCUCCCUUGAUGCAUGUGCAAUUGGAUUGAAG